AUGAAGUUUUCAUCAUCUUAGAUAAUGAGCAAUUCAUAAGUAAGAUCGGAGUCACCAUCAUUCUAAAAAAUGUAAGCAUUAGCAGAUAAAUGGACUUAAUUAAAAGCAGGAAUAGAUAGAGAUAAAUUUGAAAAAAAAGAAAUUAUUGAUGCAUCUCUCUAAAAGAUUGAUAGUUUAUUAAAUUACGAUAAAAUUAAGGAUGAGGAUAGGUUUAAAGUAUAUCAUAAUAUAUUUCAAUAGACACUCAAAGAAUAGAUUUUAAAACUUAGUGAUCAGAUUAAUAAUGAAAAAUUUGGGAAAGAACAUUAUGCUCGUUAUUAAGAAUAGUUAUAAUAAUUCGAAGACUUAAUUAACAAAUAAUUGGAUGACGAAAAAAAUGUACAUAUACCUAUGAAAUUAAAUAGAGUAAGAGAAGAGUAGAAAUGUAGCUCUUAAAAUAAAUAGAAGAUAGGUUUGAUACAGUUCAUGGAAUGCUUGAAAAAAAUAAUUCAGUUUAUUAUGAUAAGCUCAAUAGAUAAAUAGGAGAUGUAAGCAAUCAAUUAAAGGAUCUAAGAUAUACAAUCGAAAAUGAACAACAAACAAGGUAUUAAUAAGUGACAUAUUAAAGAUCUGACUCACAGGCACACUUAAUAGAAUAAAUGGAUCUAGAGUUAAAUAAAUUUUAGGAAAUGAUGUCUAUUGAAAGAUCAGUAAGAGAGGAAACUGAGAAAAAGAUAUUUUCAAUGAUAGAAGAAGUACAUUAGAAGAUUCAAACAGAAAUUUAGGUUGAAAGGCAGCAGAAAGAAAAGUCUCACGAAAGCAUUCUAAAAUUAUUAGAAUAAACUUGCAUGAAAAUAGAUGAAAGUUUUAAUUAAUGA